AUGGAGCGCGUUUGGUCCGUGCCAAUGUUUUGGGUGCAGUGGAUGAAUUCUGCUCCAGACUUUUUGAGGACAGAUGAUGGCUGCAUGAACCACCAAGAAAGUAGGCAACUUGAGUUGGACUAUCGUCGCGAAGCCUCCAACUGUGAAACCUUUGCCACGCUCUAUGGUCCGGAUGGCAGCUUUUCCCAAGAUGUACCAUCACCUGGUCUGAAGAUCCCAGAGCUGGAGAAGGAUCUCUGCAGUCGCCGUGUUCUGGUGAUGGAGUGGGUGGAGGGCGAGCGCUUAGCUCCAAGCCCGGACGCCACAGAGGAUCUCCCCUUGGUGGAGAUGGGCAUCUCAGCGACCUUGUUGCAACUGCUUGGUACCGGGGUAAUGCACACCGAUCCUCAUGGUGGCAACCUACUCAAGGGCCCACGAAUGGAGGCUGGCAGCUGUGCGGACAGGGCGUUGCGACAACUGGUCUACUUGGACUUCGGCCUGGUGGCAGAGGUCCCUUUGCAGGUCCGAGAAGGCUUAGUUUGCGCCGUGAUGUUCAUGGUGCAGAAGCGCUGGGCCGAUGUGGCCGGACUCUUCAACCGCCUGAUGCUGUUGCCGGACUGGGUCCUGGCGGAUGCAGACACUCUCGAGAAUUUCACGCAUGAUAUCCAGCUUGCAGCCAAGGAAGCUCUGCAGUUUCCAGAGGCCAACGACGUGAAAGAGGUCCCUUCAUUGCGCUUCGCCGCUUUGUUGGAACAGCUCGCCCUGCUUGCCCCAAGGUACGAGUUUCAGCUGCCACCCUACUUCUUGAACAAUGCUCGCGCUCUGGGUUGCCUUGAAGGUAACGGUGCGGCCUUUGCUGCGCCGGAGAUCUUCAAGACUUUGAAAGCGCGAGUGGAAAGCAGUGGUGGACAAAUAGUCACAGACUAUAGUGCCAGGAAAGACUUCCUGAACCACCAGCUCUUCAAUGGAUUGAACAGAACAGAAGUGAAGUUGGCAGCUGCCGUGGUUCCGAACCUGCGCGAAUUCUUGGCGAAUCCACCUGGUGAAACCGAUGGAGCACAUCCACUACUUCUUUGGAAGAAUGGGAAAUAUGCGAAUGUUCCGACCGCAGAUUUAUCGGAGAAGUGGCAUCUGGUGGUGAUGGGAGAGACGCUGAUUCAGGUGAAUGAAGCCCUACAAGCCAUAGAAAACAACCAGCUGAUGGAUCCCCAGGUCUCCAAACUUCCAAGAUGUGCCUUGGUUUUGGUGAAUGAUGAUGAUGAUGGAAAUGAUGGAAAUCUGCAGUCCGAGCUGAACCUGCCGGGCGCGAAAUCGCGGGCGGAAACCAUCUAUCUCCGGCGCCGAAACGGAGGUCGAUCUGUUGCGUCGUCCGAGUCCGAGAGACUGAUGGAGCUGAGACGAAGUUGGGUGGAGCUGGCUUUGCCACCUGAAACUUUCCAGGGUCUUUAG